AUGCAACUUCCAUUUAAAUCCAACAAUAUAAAUGAAUAUGAUGACGAUCCCUGGUUAAAAAUCGUGCAAUCUGGAAAAUGUGCUGAAGAAGCAGAAGAACUACAGCAAUGUUAUUUUGAUAAACGUGAUUGGAGACUUUGCGCAGAGAUCCUUAAUCGUUUUCGUCAAUGUUGGAUUAAUAAAGAUAAAAUAAAUAUGUUGAUUAAAGAAAGUUAA